AUGCUUCGCUGUCUAGGGAUGGCUCAUAGCGCCAAGACAGCUGACCUGUACAGUGUUGACCGGGCAGGGGUUUAUGCUUCGCUGUCUAGGGGGGUGAUGAUGUCGCGGCUCAUCAAGCGGCUGGUGACGCAGCACCGGCUGCUGCAGCCGAACGAGCUGCAUGCAAGAACAGCGAUAACAAAGGCGAGGGGUUUGUCUUACGGGUCUGAAGCAGCAGCAGCAGCAGCACAGCAGCAGCAGCAGCAGCAGACAGAGGCCCUGCAGACAGAAAUAUGUAAACACCUUAACUAUCAAAAUCUCAUUGCUGCUAGCGAAGAGCAUGGAGAAUACUUGUCUUUGAUGCAGCGGACGCAGUAUGAGGAGGCGCAGCAGGUGAACGCGCAGCCGCCCCUUCGGUGGUUUUCGUUUGUUAGGCUGCAGGACGGUAAACCCUAA